AUGUGCAGCCUGGAAGAGAACUGUCAUCCAAGUCAUUCCUUGUACAACUCUUAUGUAAGCAAGAACAAAUCCUCUGUAUCCAGUAAAGACUUACUGUCCUCUUCUCUGUACAGUGACCCUAUUGCCGUUUCCAGGAUUUCCAGGACCUCCCUCUAUGAAGAUGGUGUUACUAACUCGUACACUUCCAGAACUCAGCCGUCUGAGUGUAGCUACCGUUCUUCUAGAGCCAGCUCGACAAGAAGCAGUCCUGUGUCUACAGACAAUGAGGGAUCCGUGUCCUCUUAUAGUGCUGGACGGGGACACAGGUAUAGUGAGAAAAGUGACAAGCAUUACUCUGACGGUUAUUCCAGGCCAUCGUCUCGUAAUGCAACCACUGGACUUCCGGGAACGUUUACACCACUGAGCGGGUCGUCUUCUCGAAGAGGCAGUGGAAAUGCAAGUAGUUUAAUAGAUCCAGAUGCUUCUCUAAGUGAACUACGGGACUCUUUAGCAGAAGUGGAAGAGAAAUAUAAGAAAGCUAUGGUAUCGAAUGCCCAGCUUGAUAAUGAAAAAGGCAAUCUUGUGUAUCAAGUGGACACAUUGAAGGAUGUCAUUGAGGAAAUGGAGGAACAGAUGGCAGAGUAUCAUAGAGAAAAUGAAGACAAGUCAAAGGAAUUGGAAAGACAGAAACAUGCGUGCAGCGUUCUCCAACACAAGUUAGAUGAACUGAAGGAAGGGAUUUGCCAAAGAGAUGAAUUUAUAGAGAAACACGGUUUAGUUAUUAUUCCAGAUGGUACUCCUAAUGGUGAUAUCAACCACGAGCCAGUUGUUGGGCAAAUAACUGUUGUAUCCCAAGAAGCUGCACAAGUUUUGGAAUCGGCUGGAGAAGGUCCACUUGAUGUAAGGCUGCGGAAGCUGGCGGAUGAGAAGGAUGAGCUUGUAUCACAGAUAAGGAAAUUAAAGCUGCAGCUUGAUGAAGAGCGUCAUAAGAAUGUUAGAAAUGAUACCUCGACAGACUCCGCAGGACUGGAAAAUGGUUCCGAUCUACAGCUGAUUGAAAUGCAGAGAGAUGCCAAUAGACAAAUUAGUGAAUUCAAGUUCAAACUUUCAAAAUCGGAACAAGAUAUAACUACUCUAGAACAGAACGUUCUUCGGCUUGAAGGACAAGUGUUGAGAUAUAAAUCUGCAGCAGAAAAUGCAGAAAAGGUAGAAGAUGAACUUAAAGCAGAAAAGAGAAGAUUUGAGAGAGAGCUUUGGACUACUCAGGACAAAAUGGAAGAGAUGGAGAUGACAAAUAGCCACUUAGUGAAAAGGUUAGAGAAGAUGAAGGCCAACCGGAACACACUUCUGUCUCAGCAGUAAAGAGGAUGCCACACGACAACGUAAUGCACUGCUCCACAAAACAAUGCGCCUUCACUUGGUCUCCUACUAUAGACA